GCGAACUAUUUGAUUGGUGUCUGUCGUGUCCAUUUGGUUUAACGUGAAGCACACAAAUCAGUGUAGCGAACGUUUUGUUUUCGCUCGGUCUGGCUGAACUCAGCCCUUGGGAUAACCUGUACCACAUGACCAGCACAAGCCCGCCGACAAUUAAAACGGUGCGAUCAAUGGACCUCAAAGUGAACAUCUAAAGAAUUGCAGAGAUACCAAAUGGAAGUGUGAUAAUGUGUGACUGAUGAUGGAUGGACAGAACAGUUCUGAUGAAGAACAGGAGGUGGAUGAUUAUCCUGGCGUGCAGGAAACAGGAAUUCCUGCCCAAAACUACCUUGAUGCUUUAUGGCAGCAAGGUGGACUUGAAGAUCGACCCGUUGGUAUUUUUUACCGACUUCAUCAUGACUCCUCUAACAUUAAUCUCCAUGAUGAAGUAGAUUUACAUGAAAGUCAUCAACGAAGAUGGACCGAGACACAGGAGCCUGCAAUGGAGAUAAGUCUUCGUCAACAGAGGAGGUUACAACUGGAAGAAGAGACCUCUCCAAAAAGUCUCCAGCAGGUGUCACAGGUGGAGUUGACACGUGUCAAUGUGGACCGUCCACCUCCGGCCCAGUCAUCACUGAGACAACGAGAACCCGGAGACCAGGAUGAAUCUUCAGGCUAUGCGACAGGUGGUAUAUCCAGUGCAGAGAUAAACAAUGUAGAUCUACAAGAGGUGCAGACACUGAGAAAACUGUCUGAACAUGAGGACUCUGAAGAGAUUAUGGACAGCAACAGUGAUUCUAAUGAUAGAAACAGUGAUUCUGAUGAUAAAGAAGAGAGUUAAGAAGGAUCAGUGACAGCCAGGCACCAGUGGGACAAGUCGACACGACCUCCAGGAACCUCCAGGUGAUCUUUAUUAAGCUUGGUGUACAUUCAGUGGCAUGUGCUGUCCAUGUGAUCUUUAUUAAGCUCGGUGUACAUUCAGUGGCAUGUGCUGUCCAGGUGAUCUUUAUCAAGCUCGCUGUACAUUCAGUGGCAUGUGCUGGUGUUUUGGCUUGUGAAUGCACGUCUCACUGCUUGGCUGACACAUGGUUUUUUAACUCUUGAUUGAUGGUUAAGUUGCAGAAUUUGACAUUUAUUUUUCCUUAUACAUGUACUUAAAGGAUUUGGUGGAAUCAGAUAACUGCAAAGGUGCAUUAUUGAGAAAAUAAAACUAUGCACAGUGUGUUAUAAAGAUGAUGUAAGAGGAGUUCCAUGAACAGACACUUUUUAUAUGUACAAGGUAUCAUUAAAAAAAAUCCCAGAUAAUUCUGCUGAAAAUAUUUUACAGUUGUAUCAAUUGGAAUCAAACUGAAUGACCUCUUUAAUCGCAAAAAAAGAUUUCGUGAAUUUGUUAGUAUUAUAAAGAGCAGUGUCUCCUGUUCAGUUUGAUUUUAUAUUAUUUUAAAACCUGUUCCUAUUUGUUUAUACAUGUACAUGUUUUUGCAACCUUGAUGUAUGUUUUAUAUAUAUACUCAACAAAUUAAGAAAGUAUAGGGGCCUACAUGUAAUAAUACUCUGUUUAUUUCAGUAUUACAAACUUCAUGGAUGAAAUUUAAAAAAAAGAUCAAUGCACCAUGAUGUAGCGUUCCUGGUUUUCUGUCGAUCUAUCAUUUCAUAUUUCCUUGGUUAUUAUUUUUAUUUGGUUCUUCUUGUUAUUCUUCUUCUUAUUAAUUAUAUUAAUCUCUAAUAUUAACCUUGCUAAUAAGGGAAUGCCAGGAACGUUACGUUGUGCAUGUUAUAAAGUAUGGUAUGAGACCAGUCUAAUUUAUAUUGUGGUGGAAAAUUACUCGAGGGUUGUCGGUAGGUUACGGGCUUUGUUAUUAUCUGACCAAUCGGGUUUAAGGGUUAUGAAAGUCCGUGCAGAUCGUGCCGAGGCAUUAUCCUUUACUUGGUUUUUGGGUUUGAAACAAGUAAGUCUUGUUUUGUUCUGUAGGAUGUUUUUUUGAUUGAAUUUGUGCUUGCUUCCAAAUCAUUAGAACAUAUUUAAAUAUUAUUAUGGGUGGGGAAGAGAUUAAUUAAUUAAAUGGUUGUAUUUGGCUAAAGGAAAUUCCUUUGCCAACGAUGACGCUAGCACAUUUUGAGUGGGUUGGGAGUUUAUCCGUCUAGGGCAGCGUGUCAAGGAAUCUGCUUUCCGAAUUAGCAAAACGGAGCUAACGAAAAGGGUGCUGUUAGACUAUAAUAGGGAGUGGUUUUGAGAAGAGCUAGCGGAUAUCUCAAUCUCAUUUAGUAUUGGUGAACGUUGUUGUGAUGGGGAGGUGUUAAUUAAAAGGGAACUUAGAUUUAUUUGUAAAUAACUAUUAAAAUUUAAAUGUCAACUGUCUUCGUAUUGCGAAAUGUUGAGAACUGUUUUCUGUGUUGACCCCCUUGAAUAAAUAUAUAAUCUGU